AUGAAAAAUUUCAUGAUCCUUAUUUGGGAUGUAUUAGAUGGAUCGGGAGUGAAUGAAUUAUUAGGAAAAAUUUACAAAGGUGCAACAUUACGAUCCAUCUUGAAUGUUCAUCAUUUCAACAAAUCCCUUAGAUGUUGUAAACUGCUAUACACAGCAUUAUCUAUUUUACUGAUUGAACAAUUUUUAACAACGUCGCCAUUACCCGAUCAGAUACUAUCCGUUUUAUCAGCAGUUCCAAAUGGUUAUGACUAUCUUAAAAAUGAAACUAAACAAAAGUGGUUCAAAGAUUUAACGAACGAAUUAAAAAAGGUAGAAUUGUCCGAUGUAUUUACUACAUGGGCAGUUGGCUGUAGCCAACAGAAUAUAACAUUUAAAUUUUGGUUAUUUGUGUUACAAUGUUUAUUUGAACCAUUAAUUGAAUUGAACAUGGCUAUUAGAACAUCAAACUUUUCAGCACGAAAUGGAUCAUUAAGCAAAAUGGCACCAUUAUUUUUCGCUAACAAUCAUCGCAAUUAUGCUCGAUUAUUCGCACAGCAUUUCUUCGACCUUCGUUCUAGUUCUGCCUCCCUGCUGCAACAUUUAGCUCGCUCGUUUGCCGUUAAUCGUACGCAAAGGCCGUUCUCCUACAUUGCCAUGGAUCAAACCAUCGAAUGUACCAUUAAUAAACACGGAAAAAGUCAUGGAGGAAUAAGUGGUCGAUUUAAUGAACAAUCGAUUAACAAUUGGACAAAUUCAUUUGCCUAUCGAGCAAUAUUAUCAACAGUGACAAACGAAAUUGCUGGUUUAGAAACGUCAAAGAAUACAAUUGAUUCUCAUAUAGAAUGUCAACCAAAUAGGGUACAAGUAGACAAUGAAGAUUUAUCAACUAUCGUUUCAAAAUUAAAUGAAGAAAAUUUGUUUUCGUUCCAACAUCAACAUUGUAGAAUACUAUCAAGUGGAGAACUUAUCCACGGCGAUAUUAUCAACAACAUCUGUUCCUCAUUCGAACGUGGCCUGGAAGCAUUAAAAACCUAUACCGAACAACGACUUGUCAACAAAUCCGUCACACUUGACGAGCCUCUUCGUGCAAUGCGUCGUUUACGUAUACGUGACAAUGAUACGUACACGGCAGGUGUUGCUGCAAAAGGUCGAGCAAGUUCAAAGAAACAAAACAAUAUCAAUCAGAUAACAAAAACAGUUGAUGAAUAUAUUACGAGAAUCAUUAUUUUAGCAGAAUGUCGAAAUUUAGACAUAACUGAAUUAUUUUCGUACGAAUUCACAGAUGCACCAUUAUCAUUAUGUGAUAAAGAUAACUGGAACUUCAUGAACCAACAAACAAAAGCUGAUGCAUUGAAUUUUUUGAGAGACAAAUUCCCAACAGCGUUCUCACGUGUAUGUCCAAUCACAUUCGAUCAAUGUGCAUUAAUUGUCGAUGGAGGAAGUUUAUUAGAAAUUCGUCCAUCAUCCAAACAUUCAACAGUGUAUGAUUAUGCAGCUCAAUUAUUACAAAACGUAAUUAUCCAACAAUUCAAAUCAUUUGACCGUAUUGAUAUCGUUUUUGAUUCGCAUAUUAGUAAAGCUCUUAAAGCAUAUACACAACGACAUGGAAAUGAUAACAUGAGUAACAAGUACGAUCUGAAAAAGAGUGAUUUACUAGCAUCAAAAUAUCAUGAGUUCGUUCAUGGAAAUCGUGCAGUGUUGGCUAAAUGUAUGUCAGAAUGUUGGCGUGAACCUGCACUGGUACAAUUACUGCCGGACCAUAAAGUUCUGGUAGUUGCCGGGCCAUCUGAAGAAGCUAUUAUAUUGAAAAAAGAUGUAGCACCAGGCAUAAUUGAGGAAUUAGAAUGUAAUCAUAUAGAAGCCGACACACGUAUGCUGCUACAUGCACAAGUGAUUCAGUCAACUUAUGUUUUUAAAAAAGUUAUCAUCCAAGCAACGGAUACGGAUGUUAUUUUGUUAUGUAUAGCAAAUGCGAAAAUAAUCGGACUUGAAGCAUUAGUCGUUAAAAGUUUGAAUACAACUACCAAGGUGCAUACAUAUAUUAAUAGCAUCUAUAUAGCUCAAGAAAUAAUUGAUAAAUGGCAUUUUGAUCCAUCAGUAUUAUUGACUUUACAUGCAUUAUCCGGAUGCGAUACUACCUCGUUUAUUAGAAAUAUCACCAAAACAAAUUUU